GGGAGGGAUGGGGCGGAUUGGAAGUCGUUCGUUCGCAGCCAGUCACUUUGAGCUCCUCCCAUGUGGCUAGAGCGCAUUGUACAGCACCAUAACAUUUGUUCAAUGAAACCAAGAGGGCACGGGAGAAAACAGCCUUUCCUAUUUCAACAUACUGCCAUACCAUCGCCGCAUCUUGCCUUCUCCAAGAGACUAGUAUGAGGAAACCUUUUUGUGUACCAGACCCCGGAAGAAAUUCAGAAUCCUCCAAUAUUCUCUAAAGCGGGAAGCAGCAUCAUGCGCUGCAUUCGGUAAACCGAGUGCCUGCCCCCCCACCUCCUCUUUUUCUCACUUCAUCCGACCAUUGACAAGGACAGCAAGAAGACAGCGAUGGGUUUGAAGCUCCCCACCGCCGACCCGGGGGCGAAGGACUCCAUGCUGGACCUAGAGUGCGAGAGGCACCAACGCCAGCGUGUCCGCAGGAAAAUGAGGCCGCUGAGGGUGCUGGGCUUCGUUGUGAGCCUGCUGGGCGUCUUGUCUCUCAGUGCCUUGACAUGGAGUGUGGGGUGGGCCGCCGAGCCCUCCGGGGAGAGCCUGCUGUCAGGCCCAGCGCCGCACCGGACUCUGCUGUCCACCAAGCACCACAACGACCUGAACGUCUCCGUCGACGCCCCGGUGGCCAUGAAGUCAUCUUACAACGGUAACAGCAGCAUCGGCCAGGGCGACUACCCCACAGACCUGUUCAGCCUGGAGGAGAGGAGGCAGGGCGCCGUGGUCCUGCACAUGUUCGGAAUGAUCUACAUGUUCAUCGCCUUAGCCAUCGUGUGCGACGAGUUCUUCGUCCCGGCCCUGACGGUCAUCACGGAGAAGCUGGAGAUCUCUGACGACGUGGCCGGGGCCACCUUCAUGGCUGCGGGGGGCUCGGCGCCUGAGCUCUUCACCUCCGUCAUCGGGGUGUUCAUCUCCCACAGCAACGUCGGCAUCGGGACCAUCGUGGGCUCGGCCGUCUUCAACAUCCUGUUCGUCAUCGGGAUGUGCGCGCUCUUCUCCAGGGAGGUCCUCAAUCUCACCUGGUGGCCCCUCUUCCGCGACGUGUCCUUCUACAUCAUCGGCCUCAUCAUGCUCAUCAUCUUCUUCCUGGAUAACCUCAUCAUGUACUGGGAAAGUAUCAUGCUGCUGCUCUGCUACGCCAGCUACGUGACGUUCAUGAAGUUCAACGCCAGGGUAGAGGGUGUUAUUAAGAACUUGUUAAACAGGAACCAGGUGGACGAGCUGGAGGCCGCACCGAAGCCGAGUCCCGGGCCGGUGGACGAUGAGAACAAGCUGUCGGCCAAACCCCGCCUCCAGAGAGGGGGCAGCUCUGCCUCCCUGCACAACACGCUAAUGAGGAACAGCAUCUUCCAGCUGAUGAUCCACACACUGGACCCCCUAAGUGAAGAAUUUGCCGAUUCUGAGCUCGGGACUUAUGGAAAGCUAAAAUAUUAUCAGACAAUGACUGAGGAAGGGAAAUUCCGGGAGAAGGCGUCCAUGCUUCACAAGAUGGCCAAAAAGAGAUGCCAGGAUGAGGCUGAUAAGCCCAAUGGGGUCGCGGGCCAUGGAGAAAAGAACAUGCCCAACAGCUCCAAUGUUGAGGUGGAGGUCACUCCCCCCAUGAACGGCACGGUGGCACAAGAGAGGGAUGCGGCUGAGGAGGAGGAGGACGAAGACCAGCCCCUCAGCCUGGCAUGGCCGGAUACUCCCCGGAAGCGCCUCACCUACCUCGUCAUUUUCCCCAUCGUCUUCCCGCUCUGGCUAACGCUCCCAGAUGUCAGGAAGGAUACCUCUCGGAGGUUCUUCCCCAUCACGUUCCUCGGCGCCAUCAGCUGGAUCGCCUGUUUCUCCUACCUCAUGGUGUGGUGGGCACAUCAGGUCGGAGAAACCAUUGGGAUUACGGAGGAGAUAAUGGGACUGACCAUUUUAGCAGCGGGCACCUCCAUCCCGGACCUAAUCACCAGUGUGAUUGUGGCGCGGAAGGGACUCGGGGACAUGGCUGUGUCCAGCUCGGUGGGCUCCAACAUCUUUGACAUCACUGUUGGCCUGCCAUUUCCAUGGCUACUCUACUCAAUUAUCCACGCCAUGGGGCCCGUAACGGUCAGCAGCAACGGCCUCUUCUGCGCCAUCGUGCUGCUCUUCCUCAUGCUCCUCUUCGUCAUCAUCUCCAUCGCCGCCUGCAAGUGGCGCAUGAGCAAGGUGUUGGGCUUCACCAUGUUCCUGCUGUACUUCGUGUUCCUGGUGGUCAGCGUCUUGCUGGAGGACAAGAUCCUCGUGUGUCCCGUCUCCAUCUGAGGGACCCCCCCUCCUCUCUGUGGCCUGCUCUGAAGCCACCUCCCA